CAUCAAACAAAAAAAAAAUAGAAGUAUAGUAGUGUCAAGAGAUGAGGUGCCAAAAACAACUAAUGCUUAGACUAAAAUAGAGGAAGCUGUGGUAAAGCUAAGGGAUAUUGCAACAAAGCGACUAAAUGCUUAUGUAUAAUAAAAAGCUUGAUGCACUUGUAUGAGACUAAAAUUAUUUAGCAGACACUUGUGAAGGGCCUCCCUCCAAACAACCACGAGCAGGCCAGGAAGCCAAUGACCACCUGGAAAGAUUAUGAAAUUGCUGAUCCAGCUUAUUGAUAUCUGCUGAUUCAGACUAACACAAGCACACUGGAAAAUGCUUUGUAGGCUUAAAAACAGUAUAUAUACUUUGCCAAACUUGUAAGUGGUGUGUGCCGUGAGUGGAGCGGUGACUCCCCGGCCACCCAGCGCUGCUUGCUUGCUUGCUUGCUUUAAAAUAAAAGAUAUAAAAAUAAAAUUCGGUUUGGCUAUUGAAAUUUUAUAUCAGCACUACCUGCUCCCCUGCUGAGAGAGCUAGCGACACGGAAGCGGGCCAAUCCUAGGGGAAGUAGCCCCCCUGCCCCCUCCCCCCGCCGUUCCCAGGCUCAACCCGGCCGGCUGCGGCGCCUCACGGCAACGUCACCCACCCCCAACGGCCGCUACCCACGCGCAGCCAUACGGUGCUGACACACGCACACAUCCCAUACUACAACUCUCAGGAUGCUCCGAGCAGUCGAACCACGUCCCUCACUACCUGCGCACCAUGUCGUGUGAAAGGUGACCCUACCGUCACUUCCGCACGCUGUGCAGGCCGGGAAUGCGAGUAGCGAUUGGCCGGCGCCUGCCCUGCUUUUCAACGUGCAGGGGAGCAGGAAGCGGUAACGGCAAAGCGAGCGCGGCAGGGUGAGAGGCUCCUUACGGCUAAUUCUUUUGCCAUGGAAGCUGAAGAAAUUAUGGAAUGUAUCCAGGAAUUCCCCGAACACUAUAAAGUUAUUUUGGAUAGACUCAAUGAACAACGUGAGCAGGACCAGUUUACAGAUAUCACACUGAUUGUUGAUGGUCACCAUUUCAAAGCUCAUAAGGCUGUUCUUGCUGCCUGUAGCCAGUUCUUCUACAAAUUCUUCCAAGAUUUCACUCAGGAGCCCUUGGUGGAGAUUGAAGGUGUAAGUAACAUGGCAUUUCGUCACCUAAUUGAGUUCACCUAUACAGCAAAGCUAAUGGUACAAGGUGAGGAAGAAGCAAAUGAUGUUUGGAAAGCAGCUGAGUAUCUACAGAUGUUAGAAGCUAUCAAAGCACUUGAAAUCAGGAACAAAGAAAAUUCAUCACCCUUAGAAUCAAAACAAAGACAAGGUAAAAAUAAAGCAAAAAAAAGGAAGAUUGCUGAAACGUCUAAUGUUAUCACAGAAACACUGCCAUCUGCAGAAUCAGAGCCUGUUGAAAUUGAGGUUGAGAUUGCUGAAGGGACGAUUGAAGCAGAAGAUGACAGCAUUGAAACACUUGAAGUAGCUUCUGCAGAGCAAUCUAUAAAAUACAUACAUACAACAGGUACAUCAGAUGAAUCUGCUUUGGCUCUUUUGGCAGAUAUCACCAGUAAGUAUCGUCAAGGAGAGACAAAAUGCCAGAUUCAAGAAGGUGGUGCAACUGAUCCCUCAUGCAAACAGGAACACAUGAAAACACACUCUUCUGAGAGUUACAAGUGUGAUAUAUGCAAUAAAAGCUACCUACGAGAGAGUGCUUUGAAACAACACCUCACCUGUCACCACCUUGAUGAAGGUGGUGCUAGCAAGAAGCAAAGACCUGGCAAGAAAAUACAUAUAUGCCAAUACUGUGAUAAGCAGUUUGAUCACUUUGGACAUUUUAAAGAGCACCUCCGAAAGCACACAGGUAAGAACACUGAUAUGGUCCUUUACAACCACAACCGGCAGGGGGCGUUGUUUGCUCCUAGCAGGGCAGAGAGGCUGCCCCCUGUGGCUUCAGGGGGCGCUAUGACACAAGCUUGGCAACCUCUUCAGGUGGUGGUGGUGGAAGCUCGAGCAAAGAGGAGGACAGGAGAUUGCUCCUUUUGCAAAGCUCACGGGCAGCAGUUGGUUCUGGUACCCCCAUUGUCAGCUGGCACACUCUGGGGAGGUGGGCAGGGCUUAGUAGCAAUGUCGGGCUACUGUGCAGAGAAAUGGCCCGGUGGGGGCAGCCCCAGUCCUGGCAGCACCCCACACGUUGGCUCUGGACCCCCAAAUGGCUGA